GCAGAGAAAGAGUUCAUGGUGGCUUGAGGAAUUGUCCAAAAGGCUAGAGAUGACUUAAAAGUUCACCAGGCUAGACUCAAAGAAAUUCGGGAUUAUUUGGAUCUAGCUUCCUGAGAAAAUACCCCCUUGGAACUUGCAACUCUGGAACACAGAUUGUUACAGGAAGAGAAGAGGCUUAAAACAGCCUACAUUAGUGCCAAAGAAUCAGAUCUAGAAAAGUUUUCCUUCUUUUCUGCAGCAGUGAGAGAGUCAUGAGAAGGAGUGAACAAGAGCUGGAAAGACAAUUGGUCAAUCAUCAAUUCAGUUUUAGGGGCUGUGAUUGGUGUUGUGGGAUCCAUUUAUGUGAAUUGAGUACAGCUGCAGGAACUGAAGUCAUUGCUCCUAGAAUCCCAAACCGGAACAAUGAGUCUGCAGGAAGCGAUAAGAGAACAAGCUUCCAGCCACAACAUGGGGGACAAGGAUCUUGGUGACCUUAUUGGAGGGCUUAGGAGCUUAGUGCACACUGGAAUCAAAGUGGCUUCUGGAGCUAAAGAAGAUGCCACAUCUACUAGAGAAACUCAUAUCUCACCAGCUUCUUUGAAAGAACAGCUCAGCCAUUCUCAGCAGGUUCGUUCAUGUCUGGAGAGUUUACAAGAGCAGCUUUCUGACCUGGACAAAAAAAUUAGUCAAAUGGUUGCAGAGAUUCUGCUUAUAAAGGCUAUAGCCUGUACUCAGCUAAUAGAACAAUCAGAUCAAGCUUUGUUAGACCCUUCACUGUAUACUAGGCAGUCCUUAGUUGCCCAGGGCAUGUUUUUGGAACUGUCAGAUGUGGAGCAGAGGUUGGAGGCCCAAGUCAAGAACUCUAUCUCUAGCACUAUAGUAAUAUGUACCAUGUUUGCUGCUAUGCUGCCAGUGAUGUACAUUCUUUUCAGAGCCAAUUAGCUUCUCUGAAGGGAAGCUCCAGUGAGGAAGAGGAGUUGUUGCCUUUAGGAAUGAGCUGGCAGGCACCUUACUGCUUUGUCCAUUUAAGUUAUUUGGAGGUUACUAAUGAUGAAGCCC